UCACCAUUUGUAAAACAUAACAUUCAAUCAAUCAAUAAUACAUCAAUUUUAACAUGGUAUCAGAGCAAGGUUAGCUCUUGGUGAUCUUCACCUUCCGGCGGGUGGCAACCUUGCCUUCACCGCCCGCCGGACCCCAACCAUGCUUAUUGAAACCUCCAUCAACUCCAUUACCUUCUGGUCCGUCAUCUCCAACCGCAAUCAAUCUUGACAAGUCACCAUGGGUCGCAUGCACAGUCGCGGUAAGGGUAUCUCCGCUUCGGCACUGCCUUACAAGACAAACACCUCCCAGUCUCAUCAUAUAUCUUGUUCUUUUGCUCUCGCUGUUCUGUUCCUCAACUCCGCGGCGUAGAUCCGAGGAGUUUGGGAAAACCCUAACCCUAGCCAAAAAGCGAUCGAUCUCAGUCACAAGCUCUCCAUCUCUAUCUUCCUCACAGUUCUUCAGCGACCUUUCACUGCUAUCAGACAUGGCUGGCUUGGCCCCAGAGGGUUCUCAAUUUGACGCUCGUCAGUAUGAUGCCAAAAUGAGUGACUUACUUGGGACGACUUAUGGAGAAGAAUUCUUCACUUCGUAUGAUGAAGUUUAUGACAGCUUUGAUGCGAUGGGCUUGCAAGAAAAUCUCCUGAGGGGCAUUUAUGCCUAUGGUUUUGAGAAGCCCUCUGCAAUUCAGCAAAGGGGGAUAGUUCCCUUUUGCAAAGGACUUGAUGUAAUUCAACAAGCACAGUCCGGAACUGGAAAAACUGCAACUUUCUGCUCUGGAAUUCUGCAGCAGCUUGAUUAUGGUAUAGUUGAAUGCCAAGCGUUGGUUCUUGCACCCACUCGUGAACUUGCUCAGCAAAUUGAAAAGGUCAUGCGAGCACUGGGUGACUAUCUUCAUGUGCUACAGGCUCUGCUUCAGAUUAGCAUACACAGCUCUCUCAAAAUAAAAAACAACACAGUUCUCUCUCUCUCUCUCUCUCUCUCUCUACUCAAGGACAUCCACCAGGGUGACCACUUUCCAACCCCUUAUCCACCACCUUUUGCACAUACCCAUACCCUUUUUUAUUUUUUAAACCAAUCUCCACCAAACAAGCCAGACAGACUACUUAUCACCAAACCACUUGCAGCACAUGUAUGGCCAUUAUAAUAUUACAAUAUGCUAGCAAAAUCAACCCACAUGAACCACUUACAACUCCUCUUCGGUUUUGCAGCAUACAUCACUUGGUCCUAUUGAUAUAUAUAUAUAUAUAUAUAUAUAUAAAAGAUGGCCACAAUCAUCAUGCUGACCAUA